AUCACAUAAAAGUCGAUUACAAUUUCAACUAAUACUCAUCAUAACGUCUCGAAAUGGUUUGCGCAAAGUGCCAGAAGAAAUCUUCUACUACCUCUCUGGCAACUCCAGAGGUCAAGAAGAAGAAUGACAUGUAUCUUGGUUCGCCAGCUGGAUCAUCAUCAUCUAAGGCUGGCACGAAGACCUCCGCCACCCUGGGGAAUAAUGGUAUAGGCAAGAGUAAAUUGUUGUCGAAAUCUGCUAGGAAUCCUUAUGCUACAUACUCGACAACUUGCACUGGUAAAGAAUGCAGCACCAAGGUUGACCAGGGAAGAAAGUAUUGUCUGAAGUGCUCAUACAAAGCCAACGCUUGCGCAAUGUGUGGAAAGUCGAAUGCAAAAACGUCAUCGGCUCCAGUUGUCGCUGGACAAAAAUUCAAUUUAAAGUGAGAAAUUGCGCAAGUGAAAGCUUGGGGUAAAUACUAGAAUGAAAUAUGUGGAGAUGGCGCCCGGAGUAUACGCAGGGUUUCUAAGACGAGCAAAGAAUGGCUUGCAGAUUUACUUGGUGAUUAUAUAUUGGCAGGAAGCAUUACAACUUUUAUUAUUGUUCAGAUGGAUAUUCAAGCUGAGGCACUCGAGAACAUAGGAUUAUACCGAUUGUGGAACAUGCAUUCCCACACCUCUUGGAGCACAUACCUGAUUACUACAUACACAUAAUAGACUACGAUUUCGAAUAUACAUUAAACGCACGAUAACCGACAUGUCAACAGUCAAAAUUCUGAUUUCACGAGAUAGCACUAGCCGAAUGAUACAAAUAGUUAUGAAAGGAAACUCUACGUUUAGAUCCAGAGAGGUGGACAACUGGCCCUAAUAAUAUAACUAUCUACAGAUGUACAAGUCUUUGUGGAGACCCCACACGUUUCUCCUAUAUUAGAUUUCUAGUGGCAGUUCCACGAGUAUUGAUAUAUAACGAUCAAACUGUCCCAAUCUGAAAUUUGACUCCAAUGUCACAUCAAUCUUAACUUUCCUAUCGAAUCGUGGAAUGAGUAUAGAUUUCACAUCCUCUGCUACAAUUCAUGUCAGCUUUGUGCCUAGAGAUCAGGUAUGCGAGGAAGGAAUACCAAGGCGACCGUUGAAAACGAGCUCCGAGCGUCGUUUGCAAGUGAAUGCCUUCGAGUUCACGUUGUAAACGACUUCCAUCACAACCGAGGAUGCAUUGUUUCGUCGCGUGUAGUCUCUCAUGGUGGUUGAUUGUGAUGUAUCGUGUUACGUGUUAUUGUCUCAGCGGUAUGUCUUUAAGUUUGGCAGAUGUGUUAAAUAUUCUGGUUGUAAGAUUUUAUAUCUACCUAUAUACGUCUUUGUCGGAUCGGAAUUCACAUUGGGUGAUUCGGAGGCUCAAACAAUUAAGAUAUGAGAAUAGUUGACCCGAAUGUGAU